AUGCGGUCCAGUCGCCGAGAGAAACCCGCCGCCCCCGUCGCGGCACCACACGACAUUGACUUCGGACAUCUAUGGCGGCAGCUCAGGGCGGCGGGGUGGACGUCGAAGCGGCCGACCGGCAUUCAGACGGAGUGGACAUACAAAAGCCCGGAGGGCGAGAACGUGCUGGUGGGUGAGUGUGCCGUAGUGGAGUACGCCUUCGAGUCGGGAUUGCUGGUGGACGACGAGGAGCAAGUUGGAGAGGAUGGCAGUGGCGGAGAGCAUGUUGGAGAGAAAUGUGGUGGCGGUGAACACGGCGAGGAGCAUGUUGGAGAGGAUGGCGGUGGCGGAGAGCAUGUUGGAGAGGAGGGUGGUGGCGGAUAG